AUGUCAGUCAUGGCAUCCUCGGAGAAGAGCCUGGAGACCUUGGUGUCCAGGAUCGAGGCCCUGGCAGCAGAGACCAACGUGGGCUUCCGGCGGGCAGCACAGGGGGCCUUGCUGCCGAAGGAGGCCGAAGCGCCAUCCACUGCGCCGGGGCCGAAGAAGAAGGUGCUGGUCCUGGGUGCGGGCCACGUCUGCGCGCCCCUGGUGGCCUAUUUGGCCAAGGCCGGCUGUGAGCUCCUCGUGGCCUCCGUGGAGCGCCGGGACUUGGAGCAGCUGAA